CGAUAACGAUAAUACUCGUCACAAUUGCGAUGCAAAAGUAUUAUUGAUUGAAAAGAAGAAGAAGCAGCAGCAGCAGCAGCAAAAGAAAGGCGCAGCCAUCAAAAAAAAUAAUAGGCAAACCAGCUAAACGAAAUUCGCCGAACAAACGAGAAAAACCAAACAAAUCAAAUUUAGCCAGUAAUAGAAAUAGUAGUGCAAUCAUGACCAAUUUGGAAAAGCAACACGAGAUGGUGAAGCGAAGUCUUGUCCAGUUUGUCAGCGCACAUAUACCAGGUGCCGACUUCAGUGUUGUGGAUGAGAUUGUCCUUUCCUAUAUUAUAUCAAUAUUGGAGGAGGCCUCGCAGGAUCCGUGCUUUGAUGUUGAGGGCUUCGUUGAGAUGAUGGGCGCCUAUUUUGAGGAGUUCUCGACCAUCGAUCAGGGCGUUAUAUGCGAAUGGAUAUACAAGCUGGCUAACGAGCUGACCGAUAUGGAAAAGAAUCAAGACAACCAUAGCUCAAUCAAUUUAUCGCUCCACGAAUUGAGCUUGUCUAACAUUAUACCAGAGUCCAAGCUACGUGCACGCAACUCAUCCAUAUCGGAGAAGGACGAAUUAUCCUCAAACAACAGCAGCAGCAGCGGCAACGGCAAUGGUGGCUGCCACGGCAAGCGCUCCCAGCACUUGUCUGAGACCAGUGAUGGAGGCUCCACUGAUAGCUCCAGUUCGAACUGCGAUUACUUUUUGGAUGAGGCCGAAGUGCUGCAGGAGAUGUUUCCCGAUACGGCUUACGUCGAGAUAAAACAUUGCAUUGCCAUAUCGAAGGGCGACAUCGAUAGUGCUACACAAAUUCUCUUGCAUCGUCAGGACACCAAUCAGAGUUUGACCGACAAGUCGCACACUGUUGGCAUGAAAAAGAACGUUGUCGUCGAUGACAAUGAGCUAAAGAAUCGCAUUAUAGCCAGAUACUCGUAUGUGGAUAAGAAUGCCACUCAGCGGGAGUACAAGCCGGUGGUUCCCAAAAUGGAGCCGCGUAAGCUUGUGCGCUAUCGUGAUAAUAAAAUAGUGUCGCUCAAGGGCGAACGCUACACUGAAGUCAAGCGUGACGAAGACGCUGAGUUAAAAAAACCCAAGAAGCAGAUUCUACCGUAACUAAAGAUGAACAAACCCCACAAGUAUUUUAUCAAGAAGCAACUUAACCCACAACCACCUAAUAUUACCGCACCAACGACACCUAAAGUUGAACCAUGCAGCAGCAGCAGCAACGGCAGCGCCUGUCGCUGUGAUCAGAAUGUAUUUGGGCACAACUUAUGCACAGAGCUGCAUAUUCGUGUAACUAAAGUUCAAGCCAGCAUCGGUCCCAGUCCCACACAACAUAGAUCCCCACAACAUAGAUCCCGUCUGGCCUUAGCGCCAGUUGUAGCCAUGCUUAGCCAACGUUUAGAUGCUUCCUUGCCAAAAUCUACACUACUGCAACGACAACAACAACUCACAAUAAACAACACAAGAGGACAACAAGAAGAACAGGAACAGGAAUCGAGCAGCAGAGCAGCCGCAUUGUGUGACCCGUUCAUAAAAAUCAAGGAAUCCUUCCCAUGUGAGUUAACUGGCAGUUUAUUGUUGUUGCUAUUGUUAGUUUGCUUUGCCGGUUACUGUAACCCAUGGAAUUUUUAUCAUAAUCAGAUUCUGGCUAAAGACACAAAGACUUUACAUACCAAAUUAGUUAAUAGUUAUGUUUUAGGUAAAGCUUUUGCAUUCUCUUAUGUUAACCCCAAUCGGGACAUUAUAAUCGAAAACAAUUUAUGAGUCUCGUUGCGGUGACAAGGAGCCGGCUCCAGUUUAUUAGGGGCUGCUGCCUGUCGCACAUGACAACGCUUGCCGUCGCGCCUGCACGUGGUUGGAUAGUAUUUGUUAGUUCCUUUAUACAAGACACAAGAAACUCGCAAUCAAAAAUCGAAUUAAAAAAAGUUAGAAAACUAAACUGUGACAAAUUGUGCAAACAACUGCCAGAAACUUGCUCGCUUGUGAAUCUCAAAUCUUGACAAAGUAUCAAAAACAUAUUUAUAUAGAUAAUAAUAGAAACAAUAUUCUAGCCGUGUGCUCCCCACAAGCAGGUGCGACUCGAACACGAAUUUGGCGCUCAAAUAGACUUAUUUAGAUGAUUUUAGGUAUUCAAAUUGAAAGUAUGUUUUGUAAAGUGCGCGUUUCUAAAACGCAGCUGUACAACAACUUGCCAUAAGAUUUAUGUUAAAGUUCUCUUAUAUAGUAGCCUUGUUUUAUUUUAUUUAUUAUUUGUUUUCGUUAUGGUCUAAGCAAACUAGCAACAGUAACGACAAAUGCCAUACACUAACUAGUCCUCAUCAAGAGAGUCCCGCGUCCUCCCCGUCCCCCUCAGAUACCAAAGCGGCUGCUGCUCGGAAGGACACAGCAAUAUUAUAAAACAUAUUCAACAUAUAACAAAUCUAAUCAAUAAUAAUCAAUCUUAAUAUAACCUUAUAUUUAGCAAGCUUCAUUGUAAUUCCUAACAACAAGUUUAAAGCCCAGCGCAAUUCAUAUAUAUCUACGUAUAUAUAAUUAUAUUUAUAAUUAAUUAUAUUUAAAUACUUUUUUUUAGAUUUAAGCAUCGGUCAUUAUUCGACGCAUUCGUGCAUUACAUUCUUUAAUUGAUUUUUACUUAAUGCUAUUUAAAUUUGCAUAAUUUUAGACGUGUUCCUUCCCGUAACCACCAUUUGUAUUUAUAUUAAGCUAAUUGCUUACAAUGUUUUUUGUUAUUGUUUGGCUUAAGCUAACCACAGACUAAUCGGUAUUUAUAUGUAUUUCUUUCGGUUUGGGUUUGAUAUUAUGCGAAGUUUCUCAUAUUUUAGUUUUAUAUAUUAUUUGUGUGAUAUUAGCGUAAAAACAAAUUGAUUAUUACAAGACAAAUGGCAAAACUCGAAUUAAACUUUUGAAAUUAAAUAAAUAUAUUAUAUUGUAUCCAAGAAAA